UGUCACGGACGAUUCAUGAAUGCAAAGCAGACGCUCGGCUUGCACGGCUCGAUACACCAUGCGUGAGCACGGACGCGGAGACGGGACGUGAUGGGGUGGGCUGCGUCGUCGAUGUGCCGGUCGACAUGCACAUGACGCGCGCGGGCGGGUAUCGAAGCCGCGGGGGUUGUUUGGGCGUCGGGUUCCGAGGCAACGCGCCGGCGCGGCGGCCUGCUGCUCGGGACUUUUCCUGUGCCCAUGACGUGGGUACGGGGCCCAAGUCGGAGCGGUGCCGACUUCACGGUCAACCUCUCUCUCUCUCUCUCUCUCUCUCUCUCUCCCUCCCUCCCCCACCUCGAAGGGCUUCUUCGUCUUCUUGGUCAAGUGUUCGGUGCAGUCGACUGGCCUGGAUUUUCUUGGUCGACGAUGAAGAAGCGGUCCUGGAGGGAUUCGGCACGAGCACACGCCAUCCCGUUUCGAAGGAGCCGGCGGUCUUCGCACCACGAUGCUGUCGAGUAGCCUACGUGGGCUUCCCCAGCCCGUCGCGCACGCGUGGGGAGGGAGUAAAGGUUCUGGGCGACAGACACGGCAUCGUCAUCUGCCGCGGGCGCCUGAGAGAGAGACCACUGUAGGUGGUUUAGGUGUUUUCCUCUUGUACGUGCAAAGCAGGG